CAGGAGAAACAGGAAACCAGGAGGUACUAGACCAUGAGGUAGAAACACUGCGGGAACAGCUGGUGGUCACUCAUCGAUCAGGGCAGGAUGCAAGACCUGACCUCUGAGCUGAGAGCGCUGCAGGAGAAUUCCGACUGUAGCUGCAUGGCUUUGACAAAGAUCAGUAUGUGUCCAAACGGGUGGACAUUACACAACGAUUCCUGUUAUUUCUUUUACAUGUUUCGACAAACAUGGGACGACGCUAGGACCACCUGUGAGAGAUUUGGAGGACAUCUUGUUGCCAUUGAAACCAUGGAGGAAGAUGACUUCGUUAAGGGUUUUAUUGACAUGUCAAAGGCGAAAUCUGGACUGAACAUGGAUAAAUACACAUGGCUGGGUGCGACAGAUCAUCUCAGUGAAGGGGUGUGGCUGUGGGUGACUGGGGAGAAAGUGGCGUUACAGGACUGGCGGGGUGGACACGUGGAACAUGCAGACAGUAAUGGUCAACCAGGGGUUGAGGAUUGUAUGGACUACAGCUUCGGGGCGUGGAAUGACAAUAGCUGUGCCGCUACACUCCCCUGUCUGUGUGAAAAAGAGGCGGCAUUCACAUCAAACUAGGCAACGACAUAUGCAGCAGCUGCUAUUAGAGAACCUUGUUCUUCUUUCUCUCUAUUUUCAAUAUCAUUUGAUUUGAAAAUAUGUAUUUCUGCUUUUUCUGUAAUACACAAACUGCAUGUUUGGU